AGGAAUCUUUCAAUGUGAAACAGGUAGGACAGAACAUCAGAUAGCUGUACCUGUAGAAUUGAUCGGAAUUGGCACGUUAGUGGAGUACGAAGUCAUCGGCACAAUUUGUCCAAUACACAAUUCAAGUGAAGCAUGCCGGAAAGCAACAACAUCGAAAACGAAAUGUAUUUGGUGUGAAAAUUGGAACACGUGCAUUGACAGUAAUCAUCUGGAUAAUCAUUUCUUUAAAGUGAAUGUGUGCCAUUUUAAGAGCCCGGAUGUUAGCGAUGUGAGUUCAUCGACACCCGUCAAUCACGA